UAUUUGAGCAUUGUUGCUCCAUACAUUUUGCUAAUGGUUCAUUAUUAGCUAUUUGGUAACGUUUAAAAAAAAAAAAGUAUUUUGUCAUUUUAAUACUACUGUGUAUUGUUCAUCUUCAAAGAAAGGGGGAUGUUAUGAUCAGUAGCUAUAAUGGCGUGUGCCACACGGGGGCGCCGCAGUGUUAUCUGUAUGUGUUGUUAACAGAAGUAGUGUAGCACUUGUACAUGAGAGUUCACCGUUAUUACGGGGUAUUAAAAAGAAGGAAUUAUUGAACACAAAACACGCCUCGUUCUUCAGCAAUAACAUGAACAUGACACGGACUACCUCAUGUUAAACUAGAAGCCAUAACAAAGUCAAAGACCUCGGCUACGCUGGAAUCCGAGCCUGCGCUGGAUGGAGUCAAGACGCUGCGACGCGGACACAAGUUUGGAAUUAUGAAUGAAUCAAAGACGCCGCGCCGCUGGAUGCGUAAAGACACAAGGCUUGCGUGCCGUGAGUAAACUCAAGCGCUACCGUGCGCUCUGGAAAAGUGAACAAAUACGCACGAAGUAAUCAAAUGUGUGGAUUGUAAAGGAAAUUAAUUAAAACUGGAACGAAUUUGUGAAAAAUGGAUGAAAUUGUGGAACAAGGAAAUGAGGAGGAAAAUGCUCAAAACGACAUUGUGCAGAACAACGAAACUGAAAAUGACCUCAAAAGGCUCAGCGCCAGUCGGAGAGGAAAGCUGGGUGCAUGUACAAGACGAAUGAAUGAAAUUAAAGCUCUCAUGUCAAAUCCUCAAAAUAUGGACUAUGUUGCAAAUGUUUUUGAACAAUUCAAAGUGUCAUUAAAUGAGUUUAAAACAUGUCAUGGAGCAGUGCAAAAACUUUUACCUCUAGAAAUACAGGAAAAUGAGACGAUUGACUGGUAUGAACCUAAAAUGGAAAUAUUCAAUACAUUUAUGAUGGAUGUGGAAGCUUGGAUUAUGGUUCCAGACCCACAGGUCUUGGUGGAGCCAAAAGACAGUAUAUCAAAUGUGUCAACAAAAAGCACAAAAUCAAGUAAAUCUCAAAACUCUGGUGCCUCAAAAGAACGUCUGAGAUUGGUCUCUGAAAAAGCUGCUAUGGAGGCUCGUAUGGCUGUAUUAACAGAGAAACAUGCAAUGGAAAUUGAAAAGGCCAGAAUAACUGCUAAACUGGAGGAAAUGGAGCUCGCAGCAAAUAUAGCUGCAUCUGAUGCCAGGUUAAGUGUUCUGGACAGCUAUGUUCAAAGUCCUGAAAAUGCAAUGUCACACAAAGCACUAAGUAAAAUCAAACAUGAUCAAAAUAUCACCAGUAUCAAAGAAUACAAUGCAUCUAUGGGUAUUUCUGAAACUUCAUCUGCUAAAUAUCCUGAUAUAGGUACAAUACCCAAGACUCCUCUUCAACGUUUUGUAAAUGAACCAGCCAACGUUGGAACAUCAUCCAAAGAAUAUAAAUCUAAUGCUACACCAGUACAUGUCAGAGUUCCUCCAUCUGAAUGUGAAAGUGGUUCUGAAAGUAGCACAAGCACAGACAAAUCUUCCCUAUCUAAAGAGCUGCUUUCUGUUAUUCAAAAACAAAAUGACAUCACAAGUCUUCUAAUGUCACAGCAGCAACAGUCCUCACUCCCCUCUAGACAAAUACAAGUGUUUGAUGGCAAUCCAUUACAAUUUCAGACAUUUGUGAGAGCGUUUAAAUAUGGCAUUGAGAGUAAAACAAAUAAUGAUGAUGACAGACUUUAUUAUUUGGAACAAUAUACAAGUGGCCAAGCCAGAGAGCUUGUAAGGAGCUGUUUUCACAUGGAUGCAAAUGUGGGCUAUAAAGAAGCACAGAAACUUUUAAAAACACAUUUUGGUGAUGAAAUCAAAAUAGCAAAUGCAUACAUCGAAAAGGCUCUUAACUGGAACAGUAUUAAAACUGAUGAUGGCAAUGCUCUGCAUGCAUAUGCACUUUAUCUGAGAGGAUGCUGCAAUACAAUGGGACAGUUAAAAGCAAUGCAAGAAUUAAAUCUACCAUCAAAUUUAAAACUGAUUCUGUCCAAAUUGCCAUAUAAACUCAAAGAAAAGUGGAGAACAGUGGCAUAUGAACUCUUAGAGACAAAUAAAAAACGAGCAGAUUUUCCUGAUCUUGUGGCAUUUAUUGAAAGACAGGCCAGUAUCUUGCAGGACCCUCUGUUUGGUGAAAUUCAAGAUGUCUCAAAGAAAACCUAUUCAAAAGCUACAGUGGCAGUAGACUCUAAGCCUCAACUGCGCCCUCAGAAAAACAAAAGCAGCAGUUUUGUCAUGUCAAUAAAUAACUGUAAAACACUUUGUUGUAUUUGUGGGAAAUCAAAUCAUUCUUUGGAUCAAUGUGAAAAACUAAAAUCACAGACACAUGAAGGAAAGGUACAGCUGCUUAAAAAUAAUGGUAUCUGCUUUGGUUGUUUAAACAAGGGUCAUCUGAGUAAAUUAUGUAAAAGAAGAAUGACGUGUGAGAUCUGUCAAGGUAGACAUCCCAGUGUGCUACAUAUACACAACGCGAUGGACAGUCAAAAUCUGCAACAAAAACAAUCAGUCAGUGGCACAUUAUUCUCAAUGGAAAGAAAAACAAGUUCUGAUACUGGGGCUGGAAGCAACUACAAAUUAUCAAUAGUACCUGUCCAACUAAAAGCAGCAAAAGGAGACAAGACAAUAUUAACAUAUGCUUUUCUUGACCCUGGAAGCACAGCUACAUUUUGUACCGAAAAUAUUAUGAGACAGCUAAACAUCAAUGGAAAAAAGACACAGGUUUUAUUGCAAACAAUGGGACAAAGAAAGCCAGUGAACAGUUAUGAAAUAAAUGGUUUACAGGUUGGAGAUAUGAGUGGCAAUAACUUCAUUGAAAUGGAAAAGACAUAUACCCAGACAAGCAUUCCUGUAACAAAAGCAAACAUAUUCACACAAACUGACAUUAACAAAUGGCCUUACCUGAAAGACAUUGAAAUUAAAGAAAUUGAUGCGGAUGUGGAAAUCCUGAUAGGAGUAGAUGUGCCAAAGGCUAUGGAACCGUGGCAGAUUAUAAACAGCCAAGGUAAUGGACCCUAUGCUGUAAAAACUUUACUUGGAUGGGUGGUGAAUGGGCCACUCAAUUCUGCAGCUGUGGACAAACAUGGUAGACCUGUGACAUCAGUAAACCGCAUUUCAGUUGAAAACCUGGAGUCUAUUCUAAUGCAACAGUACAGCCAUGACUUUCCUGAAAAAGAAUAUGAAGAAAAGCCCCAAAUGUCAGUGGAAGACACACAGUUUAUGAAUAUGAUGUCACAACAGGCAACAUUGAAAGACAAUCACUACUACUUACCUUUGCCACUUCGCAACAAAGACACUGUGAUGCCGAAUAACUAUCACAUUGCUGAACAAAGAGCUCAAUAUCUGGCCAGAAAGUUCAAACACAAUGACAGUUUUGCAGAGGAGUACAAAACAUUUAUGGAAGACAUCAUAACAAAAGGAUAUGCAGAAAAGGGUAUAUCCCUCAAUAAAGAGCUGCUUCAAGGACCUGAUUUGACCAACUCACUGCUCGGAGUGUUGCUCAGAUUCCGCAAGGAACAAGUUGCUUUAAUGGCAGAUAUUGAAGGAAUGUUUCACCAGGAAGAGUCCUGCAAACACAACCUGGAAGUAAAGGAUUGGUACGAAGUGCCCUCAUUAAAACUAAGACUGGUAUCCUCCAACGACCUGUGA